AUGCCUCGCCACCAAGCAAGUCCUAUUUCACCCGUACUCGUUUCAGAAUCAGAAAUACAGUCGGAACACUCCCCAACCGUUCUCCCUUUCAGCCCUCUACGCUUCCUUGAUCCACCUCGCAUCCCAGCACCUUUUGGCAACGCUGAAACCCGGAUGAAUUCUUGUGUCCAGAUGGCAACGACAGUCGAUGACCUUCCUGCAUUCACCAGUCCUUGUAAUGACAUCGGUUAUACUGAUGGCAGCCUUGAUACUACCCUUUGCAUUUCCACAUACUGGGCGCGCCAAAUGAUGCAUUCGUAUACAGUUUGUGUACCACAUGAGUCCGUCUGGUCACUGCUCGUUCACGUUUUGGUAUCCAUUAUCGGUGCCGGUUGGACUGUAGAGCUAGCCGAUUCUGAUGAGCCUGAAGGUAAAGAAAAUAUGACAUCAAAGGAUGAAGGAGACUUGGUAUUCAAUUUUGAUGAUCAUUCGAGAAUUCGUCUGCUUCCUCCUCUUACCUGA